CUGGAGUACCAUCGAGUCCCCUGCCUAUAAAUACCAAGCACGUAGUACCCUUGUAGCCAUCAACCGGCCAGUCAUUCGGAGAAGAAGCAGAGUGCCUUUUGAGAUAGAGCCAUGGGGAAGAACACCCACCUGUGCUGUUUCUCGCUGCUGCUGCUGCUGCUGCUUCUGUUCGCCGGGCUGGCAUCCGGCCACCAGGUCCUGUUUCAGGGGUUCAACUGGGAGUCGUGGAAGCAGAGCGGUGGGUGGUACAACAUGAUGAUGGGCAAGGUCGAUGACAUCGCCGCCGCCGGAGUCACCCACGUCUGGCUCCCGCCGCCGUCGCACUCUGUCGCCAACGAAGGUUACAUGCCAGGUCGGCUGUACGACAUCGACGCAUCCAAGUACGGCAACGCGGCGGAGCUCAAGUCGCUCAUCGCGGCGCUCCACGGCAAGGGCGUGCAGGCGAUCGCCGACAUCGUCAUCAACCACCGGUGCGCCGACUACAAGGACAGCCGCGGCAUCUACUGCAUCUACGAGGGCGGCACCUCCGACGGCCGCCUCGACUGGGGCCCCCACAUGAUCUGCCGCGACGACACCACCUACUCCGACGGCACCGCCAACCUCGACACCGGCGCUGACUUCGACCACGCGCCUGACAUCGAUCACCUCAAUGAACGCGUCCAAAGGGAGCUCAAGGAGUGGCUCCUCUGGCUCAAGAGCGACCUCGGCUUCGACGCGUGGCGCCUGGACUUCGCCAAGGGCUACUCGCCGGAGAUGGCCAAGGUGUACAUUGACGGCACGUCCCCGAGCCUCGCCGUGGCCGAGAUUUGGGACGACAUGGUCCCCGGCGGCGACGGCAAGCCCAACUACGACCAGGACGCGCAUCGGCAGAAUCUGGUGAACUGGGUGGACAAGGUGGGCGGCGUUGCGUCUGCGGGCAUGGUGUUCGACUUCACGACCAAAGGGAUUCUGAACGCCGCCGUGGAGGGCGAGCUGUGGCGGCUGAUCGACCCGCAGGGGAAGGCUCCCGGCGUGAUGGGGUGGUGGCCGGCCAAGGCCGUCACCUUCGUCGACAACCACGACACCGGCUCCACCCAGGCCAAGUGGCCAUUCCCCUACGACAAGGUCAUGCAGGGCUACGCGUACAUCCUCACCCAUCCCGGCAUCCCAUGCAUCUUCUACGACCAUUUCUUCAACCUGGGGUUCAAGGACCAGAUCGCGGCCCUGGUGGCGAUCAGGAAGCGCAACGGCAUCACGGCGACGAGCGCCCUGAAGAUCCUCAUGCACGAAGGGGACGCCUACGUCGCCGAGAUCGACGGCAAGGUGGUGGUGAAGAUCGGGUCCAGGUACGACGUCGGGGCGGUGAUCCCAGCCGGGUUCGUGACCACGGCGCACGGCAACGACUACGCCGUCUGGGAGAAGACCGCAGCCGCGGCCACACUACAACGGAGCUGAAGCCUCCACUGAAGCGCGGCGGCAACAUGAUUUGAACUACAUUGUCCGUUCUGCUAUACACACGCAGAUAUUGUUAUUGUAGUAUAUACUUGUACCCAGAAAUGAGCUUUACGAAUGGCUCACACGACUAUAGUAAAUAAAGUAUUGAGGAUACGAAGAGGUAUAGAAGGCAAUUGGGCCAUUUGGAUGCUUCAGGAUAAAGGAAAGGAAAAUACAGUUCCAGGGCAAGAAAGAAAAAAUCAACGGUAAUACCUGACGAUGACAUUGUUAUGACGAUGACACACCAUAUAUGAUUUACACAAUGGUUCCAGUAAUAUGAGGAGCACGCCGGCAUGCCAGGAAGUAAGAAACAACAAAUCGACGGUUUUUCUGACUACUGCAAAUAAGAUUUCCUCAGUAA